AUGUCGAGUACGCGUCCUGAUUUAAAGUUUACUGAUGCCGGGGACGAACGUCUGUUCUACCAUAAAUACGCCAAUUUACCUCCUAAGGAUGCAAAUACCAUUAGAAUAGUUGAUCACAAUAAUAAGGAUUAUUUCACCGUAUUGAACGAAGAUGCAGACUUAAUUGCAAACAAUAUCUAUAAGACUCAGGCUGUGGUCAAGUAUAACCAGAACGGGAAGCAUCGCUACGUAACGAUAUCACCCCAAGUGCUUACCAAUAACGUUCUACGCUUUUGUCUUAUCCAGAACCAAUACAAGGUGGAGUUCUACAACAACAAAACGUAUGAAUUAAUAUGUAUGGCUACACCUGGAAAUUUGGAGGCGUUAUCCAACGAAUAUGAAGUCAAUCUAGAAGGCUUGUUUCUGGAUGGUUCAACACCUGUGGCUGCAGCAAUCAAAUUCCAGAACACUACAACUGAAGUUGGUACCAACACAAAACAUAUAGGUGUUUGUUUGGUUGAUUUACUGAGUUCUGAGAUGCAAAUUUCUGAAUUUGAAGACAACGACUUAUACUCGAAUUUGGAAAGUUUAAUAUUGCAAUUGGGAAUUAAGGAAGUCAUUGUUCCUUCAAACUAUGAUCCCCUGAACACCGCAACCUCUCAAGAUUACGCCAAAUUCUUUCAAGUAUUGGAUCGGAUUGGUGGUCUUGUGAUUACAUCAGUGAAAUCAUCAUCGUUUAAUGCCAAGGAUAUUGAGCAAGAUUUAAGUAAAUUAGUUGUCUCUGACAAAAGAGAUUUAGAACACUCAGAGGAAAAAAGUAUUGAAGUGAUUCUUGCAAGUAAGGGCAUAGAUAUUAAUUCAAUGCCACUUUCAUUUUCAUGCUGUAAUGCCAUAAUUGCCUAUUUGGAGUUAUUGUCAUUGAACUCGGUUUUCACUUUAAACAAGUACAUUUUGUCUAACUUUAUGAAGUUGGAUGCACUGACAUUAAGAGCAUUGAAUAUUUUCCCAUCAUCUUUAAACAGUAAAGUGCCAACUAAACAAUCACAAACAGUUACUUCGAUUUAUGAACUUUUGAACAAAUGCAAAACCAAUGCUGGUUCAAGAUUACUUUCUCAAUGGUUGAAACAACCUUUGACCAACUUGAAAAUGAUUAAAGAAAGACAACAAUUGGUCAAGUCGUUAAUCGAGGACACUAAUUUGAGGAUCUUUUUCACACAAGAGUUUUUACCAAAAGUACCUGAUAUCAAGAGACUUAUUAAAAAGCUUUCCAUUGGGUUCAAACGUUUGGAUGGUAAUUCCUCAGGUGGUGAAAAUAAAAAAUUGGAAGACGUAGUUCGUCUUUAUCAAUUAGUAUUGAUAUUACCAAGUUUAGUGGAAUUCUUGGAAAUGGUAUUACAAGACACCAAUGAUGAACUUAAAAAGCAACUCAUUACAGAAAUAUGGUAUAAUCCUAUAAAAGAGGCAUAUUUACCUCUUAUUAAAUUUCAAGAAUUGGUGGAAACAACCAUUGAUUUAUCUCCAUUAGAGUCUACCUCAGCUCAUGAUUUGUUUUCCAAUGACUUUAAUAUUAGGCCUGAAUUUGAUGAGGAUUUGAUUGCAAUUAAUGAAAAAAUCCAACUGAACCUUGAAGCCAUGAAGGCUAUCCACCUAGAGGUUGGCGAGGAUCUUAACAUGGACAUUGAUAAGAAAUUGAAAUUAGAGAAGCAUCAACAGCAUGGUUGGUGUUUCAGAGUAACUCGUAACGAUUCUGUGGUUUUACGUAAUACUGGGAAGAAGUAUAAUCAAUUGCAAACCGUGAAGGCUGGUGUUUAUUUUACAACUAGGGAAUUACAGGCUUCAUCUCAAGAGUAUACUCAAUUAUCCCAAUCAUACAACCUGAAGCAGAGAGAAUUAGUUAAAGAGAUCAUUUCCAUCAGUUUAACUUAUUCUACAGUAUUCACAAGGUUAGGGUUAACCUUAUCUCAUGUUGAUGUGAUUACAGCUUUUGCCAACAGUGCAAUAUUCGCCCCUACUCCCUUCACUCAACCCAUUUUACAUCCAUUGGCAUCAACACUUGAGAGCGAUGAGUAUACUGAUAGACAGAUUCGUUUACAUAAUGCUAGACACCCAGUUUUGGAAGUUCAAGAUGAUGUUAACUUUAUUGCUAAUGAUGUUCUUAUGUCUAAUCCUGGGAGACCUGAUGAAAGAUUAGGAAAGAGCUUUGCCAUAAUUACAGGACCAAAUAUGGGUGGUAAGUCUACGUAUAUCAGACAAGUAGGUGUGAUUGCACUUAUGGCUCAAAUUGGUUCUUUUGUUCCUGUUGAAGGUGACGAUGAUGAUCUUGCAACCCCAGAGCUUCCAAUUUUUGAUGCUAUUUUAUCAAGAGUAGGGGCCAGUGAUUCACAAUUGAAAGGUUUAUCUACAUUCAUGAUCGAAAUGCUUGAAACAUCAUCAAUCUUGAGUGCUGCAACACAUAAUUCAUUGAUUAUCAUCGAUGAAUUAGGUAGAGGUACCUCGACGUAUGAUGGGUUUGGACUUGCUUAUGCUAUCCUGGAAUAUAUUAUUACCUCUAGAAGAUGCUUCACAUUAUUUGCUACCCAUUUCCAUGAAUUAACAAAGUUGGCAGAUAAAUAUCCCAACCAAGUGGAAAACUUACAUGUUGUAGCUCAUAUUGAGAAGGAAGCCGAGGGGGACAAGGAAGAUGAUAUUACAUUGAUGUAUCGUGUGGAACCUGGUGUAUCUGAUAAAUCCUUUGGUAUUCAUGUUGCUGAUUUGGUACGGUUCCCCACCAAGAUAAUUAACAUGGCCAAAAGGAAAGCGUCUCAGCUACAACUGGAUGACACCGAUACUUUAAGCAAAAAGACAAAAUGUACUCCUUCAGAAUACAAGGAAGGUCUUGAGAACAUCAGUAGUAUCUUGAAAGCUUGGAAAUCAAUGUGUUAUGAUUCUGAUAAGAAAGAACUCAAAUUCAGUGCAGACGAAACCGUUGAACGUUUAAGAUCAAUGGUAAGUAAUGAAUUUAAAGAUAUCAUGGAGAAUGAUAAGUUGAUCAAAGAGAUUACUACUUUGCUUUAG